AUGCUGGACUGUGCCUGUGGAGAUGCUACCUGGAUGGUUCCCUUCUUCGUCGCAAAGCACCCCGAAAUCCAGUAUACUGGUGUGGAUGUUGUUUCCGAUGUGAUUGCCCGGAACAAGCAGCGCCACCCAGGCGUCAAUUUUCUGUCGCAGGACCUGUCGGAGAUUCCUCUGCCAAAGGGAGCUGAGCUGAUCUUCUCCAAGGAAACGGUGAAUCAUAUGCAUCUCAUAGAUGCGCAGAAAGCAAUUCAGCAAUUUGCAGCCACCGGCGCAAGAUAUUUGCUGACGAAUGUGCAUGAAGAUGUGGACAACUUCGUUGGGGCCGAAAAAACCUGCCAUACGACGUACAUCAAGUACGACUAUGAGCUUCCACCUUUCUCAUUACGGAAAGUUGCUCGCGUCAUCGAGUACCAGGGCCUACAAACGUCGUUCACCCUGUUUGAGCUGAAUCAGGUGCCAUAG